AUGGUUGACGACCAAGAGCGAGAGAGAGAUAGUUUUUUAGAUUUUAGUACAUAUAUCAGGGAGAAGAGAAUAAAGUUGCAGAAUCAAAACGACUCUUUUGACGUACAUUCACAACUUUUCAGCGGUCUCGUGUUUCAUAUAAAUGGCUACACUAACCCCUCUUUACAAGAACUACGUAAGAUCAUUCUUCAGAACGGUGGAAAGCAUAUUCACCAAUUGAUCAACAAGUCUGACGUCACUCACAUCAUAUCCUCCAAUCUCACUCCCAGGAAGAGACUGGAGUUUAAGAACCUAAAGGUAUGUACUCCAGAUUGGAUCACUCAGAGCGUUCAGCAGAAUAAGCUGCUCCCGUGGCAAAAUUUUAUCCUAGAUAAAGACAAAACACCACAGACAUUACUUUUUGAUUACAACAAGCCCAACGAAAGAGCUCAAGACUUACUCAAAUCUGAUGAAUGGAGGCAAUCAAAUACCGCGAAUUCUAUGCAGUUUUUACCGUCCUUCUACAGCAACUCCCGUUUACAUUUUUUGAGCUCAUCUAAAGCAAAUUUAAAGCUAUUAGUACAAUCAGCACAAGAGAAUCUAGAUUCUCGAUCAUUCACGACGAGUAAUCCUGCAAAAUCUUCAAAACUUUCCUCGGAACAACCAUCAAAGAGAUUCAUUUUACAUGUUGAUAUGGACUCCUUCUUUGUUUCAGCUUCUCUUUCCCAAGCUAAGCAUUCGCAUUUACGUCAGAAAGCAGUUGCAAUAUCUCACGGAAAAUCUUCAAUCAACAGUACUUCAGAGUUGGCUAGCGUCAAUUAUAUAGCUCGUCAAUCAGGAUUAAGAAAUGGAAUGAUCUUGAGCGCAGCCAAAAAACUAUGCCCCGAAUUGAUUACCCUUCCUUACGAUUUCGAGCUAUACAACAAGAUAACGGUCAUACUUUACGAGAUAUUCCUCAGUCAUUCAGAUCUUCUGCAAGCCGUAUCUGUCGAUGAAGCUUUACUGGAUGUUUCGAAAAUUGUUGCAAAUAAGUCCAAAGAUAAUACUUCAAAUGAAGAUGAGAUAGUGUUCAACUUAGCAGAGGAUAUUCGAAAUCUAGUUAGAGAACGUACAUCUUGUGAGGCAAGCGUUGGAAUUGGAUCCAACAUUCUUCUUGCAAAGGUGGCGACAAGACGGGCCAAACCAGCUGGUACAUUUCAUCUCAAGAGUGAACAAGCUGUCGAAUUCCUCAAUCCACUCCAGUUUGACUCCCUUCCUGGCGUAGGCUCGGAAAUGCGGCAUAAAAUUCAGCAUCAAUUGGGUGUAUUCAACAUUGGAGAACUCAUAAGAAACAAAUCCUUGAGUGAUGUACAGCGUGUGCUUGGGAAGAAACUUGGUGAGACAGUCUGGAACAACUCGCACGGUAUUGACGAUCGUCAACUCGUAUUCGAAAAGAAGAGGCAGUCUGUUAGUGCCGAAGUGAAUUAUGGAAUACGCUUUGAGAAUAUGGAAGAAACGGAGAAAUUUUUCUAUAAUCUCUCGGGCGAGCUGUCGAAACGACUGAUCGAAGCGAAAUGCAAGAGCAACUCUCUCACUGUGAAGAUAAUGACGAGGCGGCAAGAUGCUCCGAAGGAAGCUGCAAAGUUUCUUGGACAUGGUGUUGUCGACGUACACAGCAAGUCGAGACCUUUGUCUACACGUAGUGGUGGGGCAACUGAUGAACAAGAGCGUAUAUUUGAAUGCUCGUGGAAGAUUUUGCAGAGUGUGGUGAAGGACUAUAAAGAUUUACGUGGCAUAGGAUUUCAAGCUCAGAAAUUAGAGCAUAAAGAUGAUAAAGAGAAAAAAGGUCAAAUAGAAGGGUUCUUCAAACGUCCUCGCCAAUCAACAGAGCCCAAUAGUGGUGCUUCCACUAGUCAAAGUAGACUACCCGAGAAGGCACCGCAACCAGCUGCCAGACCUCCAGUAGAGGUUAUCGAUAUUUCGAGCGAUAUGUCUGUAGAUCUCGAUGAAAGUGAUGACAGUAUCGGUUCCACGCUGAGCAUGCCAACACAGGCAGAUCGUAAGGUGUGGAGAGCUAUUCCACAAAACAUACGCAAGGAAGUGUUGGAAGAAAGACAGCGUAUCAAAAAUACUCUCAAGACGCCUUUCAAAGUACCGUUUAAAACGCCCAAUAAAGCAGAAAACAAGAUACCACCAGGUGAAAAAUCACCUAUUGUUAAUAUACCAAACACACAAGCGAUACCAGCAACACCAUCUAUUAACAUGCUUCCAUCCCAGGCUGAUCCUGCAGUCUGGAAAGCACUACCAUCCGACAUUCGAAAGGAGGUGCUGAGCGAGAAGCAAAUGAGUAAGACGCCGGUGAGGGCACCUCCUCCGCCAUCGCCCAUCAGCACUCCCUCUGUCGAUAUGAAGCCUAGUCAGGUUGACGGCGGCGUCUGGAAGGAACUACCAUCUACAAUCCGCAAAGAGAUACUUACUGAGAGGUUUGCAGAUAGGACGAAGAAAAUGACAAUGUCGAACAAACAACAGCAACAACAGCAAGAGGUUUCUUCGCCUAGCCUCGUCGUGCCUAAUAGUCAGAUCGAUCAAGGGGUCUGGCGAGAGCUGCCUUCAAAUAUACGCCGAAAUCUCACAGAAGAGCUCAGCAAAUCACAUAAUCACAAGCCCAUGAAAAUGACACAUACGAUCUCUGCCCAAACAUCUGUCAAAGCUCAACAAGUAUCAAAUAGAAUUACUAAGAAAAGUCAACUGAUCGCUAGGCCAUCAGUAAUACCAAUGUUAAUGCGUAAGACAGACAUUAAAGAUGUCCUCAACGUUGUUGAGAGUUGGCUUGACAUUUUCAGAACUCGUGGCCCUCAUGCUAGUGAUGUUCAGCGAAUUAAGGUCUAUGUCGUCAAACUAUUGAAGCAAGAUACUGAUGGAAUGUCUAAAACACGACGUAUUCUCAAACUAUGGAAGAGAAAAAAUGAUGACUUCCUUCCUGUUCUUGAUCUCGAUCUUUCUGAGAAAUGGCAAAAUGCUUUCGCAAAUGUGAAACAAACUGUCGAUGAGAUAGUCCAAGAGAAGUACGGUAGUAAUUUGAGUAUAAAAUGAGUAGAUACAAAUGGAUAUUAAAAUGAAUGUUGUAUAAUUGAUAAUAAACGAGAGUAGAUAUUGAUGUUUUGAUAUAAAAUUUGACUAGCUAAAUUAUUGGAUUUGGUAUUUGAGGACUUAGUUUCCACCGAACAGUUUGUUCCAGUCGAAGAUAGAAUCGAAACAAUCUGGAAGGUCGUCCAUAAUGUCGAAUUCGAAUUCACCAUUGUCUCCGACGAACGGAAUCAUACUAGCGCAUAUG